AUGACGUUUUAUCCACGUGCCGAACAAAAAGAUUGUGCUUUUCUCCAAAACCACUUUGACGGUGAUUUUUCGGUAAUAUGUCAUUUGCUUCUAAAUUCUUCACCAAGCACGUGGCUUGGAUCCAUCUACGAGUUGCUCUACGUUCUUUCUUUUCUGCUGACCGCCCUCGGGGGCAACUCCUUGCCCAGCGCCAAAGACAUCAAGAAGAUCCUGGACAGCAUGGGCAUCGAGGCGGAUGACGACUGGCUGAACAAGGUCAUCAGUGAGCUGAACGGGAAGAAGAUUGAGGAUGUGAUCACGCAGGGUAUUGGCAAGCUGGCCAGUGUGCCCGCCGGCACGGCUGUGGCCGUCUCUGCCACCGCAGGCUCCGUGGCCCCUGCUGCCAGAUCGGCGCCCACCACCUGA